ACACACACACACACACACACACACACCAACGGAUAUAAAACCCCCUCACACACAUAUACACCUGUGAGUGUCUCAUUUCUCCCAGUGCAGUGAGAUGGCGGUGAUGUACACCACACCACUUCUGAUCCUCACAGUUGUGUGUUCCACAUACACACACACUACAUUGGAGCUGGCCGGUGUGGUGAAGUGCAGCACAGGGCGCUCGGCUCUCGCAUAUAUCAUGUAUGGGUGUUACUGCGGAGUAGGAGGCGAGGGAUGGCCUCGAGACCCUGCUGACUGGUGUUGUCACAAGCACGACUGCUGCUACGCAAAGGCCGAGGAUCAAGGAUGUUACACAAAGGCAAACAUGUAUCCAUGGAGCUGUGACAGCCAAUCACUAGACUGCGGCUCUCUGAAAGACCGCUGUGAGAAGAUGUUGUGUGUUUGUGACCGAGAAGCAGCAAAGUGUCUAAAGAAGGCACCGUAUAACCUUAAAUAUGUCGCCUGGCCUGACUUCCUGUGUGGAGCUGACCUGCCAACAUGUGCUUACUACUGA